CCGCUGGUCCCCCUUACGCGCAUGCGCGGGCUCUUCCGGCCCUCUCUCCUCGUUCCCUUCCCCCCUGGCCCCUCUCCACCUUUGCCAUGGCGACACCGGGUGGCAUGAUCCGGGCCUUGCACCGCAGGACCCUCGGCCAGAGUGUUGUCACGGAUCGGAUUUUCUCUGGUAUUCAGCCAACUGGGACACCUCAUCUGGGCAACUACCUUGGAGCCAUCCAGAAUUGGGUGAGACUGCAGGAAGAAUCCAACUUGGUGUUAUAUAGCAUAAUGGACAUGCACUCUCUCACCAUGCCCAAGGAACCAGCUGUCCUGCGCCAGAACAUACUAGACACCACUGCUGCCGUCCUUGCCUGUGGUAUUGAUCCAAAGAAGUGUUUCCUGUUCCGACAGUCGCUGGUUCCUGAGCAUGCAGAACUUGCCUGGAUUCUUGGGUGCUUAACUAAUGUGCCACGUUUACUACGCUUACCCCAGUGGAAGAUGAAAUGUGCCAGCCAGAAUAAUGAAGGAACCGUUGGUUUGUUGACCUACCCUGUGCUUCAAGCAGCAGAUAUUUUGCUGUACAAGUCGACACGUGUUCCUGUUGGAGAAGAUCAAGUCAUGCACCUGGAACUAGCCCAAGAUAUAGCACAACAUUUCAACAAGAAAUAUGGAGAAUUCUUUCCUGUGCCCAAAGCCAUUUUAAGUGCAACAAAGAAGAUAAAGUCCCUCAGAGAUCCAGCAGUGAAGAUGUCUAAGUCAGACCCACAGAAGUUGGCUACUGUUAAUGUAGCAGACAGCCCUGAGGAGAUAGUCCUGAAAUUUCGCAAGGCUGUGACUGACUUUACCUCUGAGGUGACUUACGAUCCAGUGAGUCGCCCUGGUGUCUCCAAUCUGGUGUCCAUUCAUGCUGCUGUAACAGGACUUAGUAUAAAAGAAGUGCUGCACCAAUCUAGUGGUCUCGACACUGCUCGCUACAAAAUGGUCGUAGCAGACUCAGUUAUUCAAAAAUUUGCACCCAUCAGGAAUGAAAUCAAGAAACUCCAGGAAGACAAAUCCCAUCUGAUAAAGGUUUUGGAAGAUGGAGCAGAGAAAGCCAAAAACCUGGCUGCCCCCAUCUAUCAAGAAAUAAGAAGACUGGUGGGAUUUCAGUAGAAACUGCUGAAUAGUUGCAAGGACUUUUUUUUCCUGGGGCAGCCUUUUUUUUGAAUUUGUGUCUUCUUAAUCAUUUCAGUUUGAAACAAAAACUUGUAUCCUGGAUAAUCAAAGUAGACUAUCAAAGUUUUUGCAUCAAAAAUUUGUAUAAAGCCAGUUCUUCCCAGUGGGACCAGCAUUAAGCUAGUCUGUGUGGUCAAAGGAGGAAGGUGCAAGCAAUCACAAUUCAGAAGGAAGUUCCACAAAAGCAGGAUAGCAAGGUUACCCAACUGGAGUGUGGGUUUUUGUUUGCUUUUUUGUUGUUUCUGCUGUUUUUAUUGACCACUGCAAAAAGCUCAGUUAUAGGGCAAGAUAAUUUGAAUCUAGCAGAAAGAGUUGUAAUCUUCUUGAGAACCUUCCUUACUGUGAGUGCAGUCUUAGUCUUGUUACAGAAAGACAGCACCUCCCAUUGAUGGUUAUCCUGCUGUGAUGUGGAACCAGAAUAAAAGCAUAAAUUUUACAAAUCAAAAUGCUCAGGGCAUUGGUAAUGAAGAGAGAACUUACUGCCUUUUCCUAUCACCUCCACAAACUCAGUCUUAUUUCUUAUCUGCAUCUAGUUUGUGUGAAGUGGGUUAGUCUGUCUUACCUAAUGUACGUACACCCAUAAUGUAAAUGUUGUCUGGCCUCUCUGACAGUCAGUCCAAAGAAUCCAGCAAUUGAAUGUGAACUUUGCUUCUGACACCUGUGCCAUUGUGUUGGUCAGGUACUUUGUCAGGAAACUAUGUGUACUUCAGCUGCUGCUUUUCCACCUGUUAUUUGGUUAUGGAAGGAGCUCCAGGAUUGUAAACACAGCAUCAAGUCUAGUAUUACUUUUAAAAAACAGGCAGGAGAGGAAAAUGUUAUCCUGAGUGGAGCAGAUUUUAUGCUGAGAAAUCAGAGAUCUGUAAAAUUUACAGACUUAAUUGUUUAAAAGAGUAUUCUGAAGUCAGAACCAGAAUUACCAUCAAAAUAUUUUGUCAGAAUGGGAUUAAAUGCAUCUUUAUAAGCUCUCGGUAGUGGUCCUCAAGAAAGAUCCAUAAUGAGUUAGUCUCUGCUGAUCUUAGGCCUCACAAGUGCCACAGAUUGAGAUUUACAGACCUUGCCAUUUGUUGGGGAGUGUGCAGCAAAGGGGAAGUGUCAGAAGGAGACAUGCUCUCCUGAAGAGUAGGUAGUAGUACAUGCUCAAAGCUAACCAAAGCCUUACUUGUCCUGUGCCAGCACACUCGUGCUGUGCAAUUGUUCUGGUGCUCUGCAUUUGAAAUUGCUGUACUAAAAUGUAAAUUGAAUUCAUUUAGUACUCUGGAAGCUAUCAACCAUGGCGGCUACUGGGAGGAGGGAAAUAAGUGUCUAUGAAAUAUGCCUAUGGCAGUUGUCACAGAUGAUUGCAGCCUUACAUGACUGAGUCAGUAAAACUGUUUUUUCUCCGUGUAAUGCAGGUUUUUUCAAAACUAUAUAGUAUUUAGUUAGUUAAUUAUCACAGUGAGGUGAUUCAGAAAUAUUUUUGUUUGAUUUUGCAAAAGAGGAAGUCAUGAACUAGAUGUUUAGGAUUCUGCACUGAGACCUGUAUUUGUUAAGGAUCUGAAGAAAGAGAACCAUGAGGUAAGAUGGCUGGUGAUGACAAAGUCAGUCAAGGCUAGAGGAGCAGAGUAGGUAGAGGGAAUGAUGAGAAACGGAACUCAGUGUAGACAAGUCCAAGGUAAUGGCCUCUGGAAAGAGUAAGUGUAUUCAUGAAUACUCCCAGGUCUCAAAAUAGCUGUAGCAGGUUGGGAAAGGGCAGAGGUAUUGCUGUGCAUAUUUAGUUUUGUGAACCUUCCUUUUGUCAGUGUUUAACAGAUAAAGAAAAUUACUUAGUUUGCACAAGAACUAGGAGAAAAAAUUGUUAAGACACUUCUCAAAUACAGUUAAUGUCAAGAUAAAGGCAUACUAGGUUCAUUUAACUCCCUUCCAUUUGUAUCACACCUUUAACCUGGUGACCAGAGAAGUUGGGGAAUUUUAUUUUUACAAUCCCUUUAACCCUAUUUUGAGGACUAAUAUUAACAUAGGGAGGUGGACAAAAGGAGUAAUGUGAUGAAAAUAGGUUAAAAUAAAUGGUAUAGGGAGAGUUUUGUUACUUUUUGUAGUAUCCACACAAAACAUAUGCAAUUAAAUUUAAAGGGCAAAUGAGUAAAUGUUUAUAAAGAUAUAUUAUCUGUACAUGAUGCAUGCUUAAUUAACCCACCUGCCACAAGCUCAGCUUCAUUUGGUAACUAAGACUUAAUAGAAUAAAGAACAGGAUGCUUCAGCUGAA